UUGGAAUACACACACACACACACACACACACACACACACACACACACACACACACACACACACACACACACACACACACACACACACACACACACACACACACUUUCACCUACUUUUUCUUUGUCCUCAGAUUCCUGCCAGCUCACAUUGGAUCCCAACACAGCUAAUAACUGGCUGUGUCUGUCAGGGGGGAAUAGGAAGGUGACGUGGAGUCCAUGGAGUAAUAAGGCCCAGCCUUAUCCUGACCAUCCAGACAGAUUUUCCACCUAUGAACAAGUCCUAUGUAGAGAGGGUCUGUCUGGAACCUGCUACUGGGUGGUAGAGUGGAGCUCAUUCAAUGCUUAUAUAGCCACCUCAUAUAAAGGGAUUGGCAGAAUAGGACGUGGUGAUGAGUGUUGGUUUGGAGGCAAUGAUCAGUCCUGGAGUUUGGUGUGUUGUUCUAUCCUUGGCUGUUAUUUCUACCACAAUAACAAACGGACUGCCAUACAUGUGCCCCGCUCUUCCAGAAUAGUAGGAGUGUACCUGGACCAUAGGGCAGGAACUCGGUCCUUCUACAGUGUCUCUGACACAAUGACCCUCCUCCACAAAGUCCAGACCACAUUUAAUCAGCCCCUCUAUCCUGGGUUCUGGAUUUAUGCUGGAUCAUCUGUAAAGAUACUGAACCAGUGAUUAACUUUGUUGAAAAUACAGGCAUGCUACUGUAUAUGACAUGUUCAACUAUCCAUGUUGCAAGAUUUUAGCAUUUAUAAAAUAUUUGAUCACUCUUCGCAAUGUCAGCGCAUAGUUCUGAUAUCUAGCCUAAUAAUCCUCACUAAUCAUGGGAUUGUGGUGACAAUGGUCCAGUCCUCGUGAACCGUGCUCCAGGUUUAAACUGCUACAUAUGGUUUGCGUUCAAAUAGGCUACAUGUCCCAAAUUAUUGAACAACUUGUAAUACGUUAGCCUUAGAAGAUGCCCUAUUGCUAGCGAUCCUCAGGAACAACCACACGAAUGUGACAGAGGAAAGAAAGUUAAACUAACAAUGCAAUGGAAUGAUUCAAAAUGUAAGGAAAUGAACACUAAAGUCAAUGAGAGUUAUAAAUGUAUGUGGGUCUAACUGGCGGUGAUGUCCUAUAGUGGCUAAUAUUUAACACGAUUCAAAUUUUAAAGAACACUGUGAAAAGUCCGGACAUAUAAUUAAAACAUUCUGGAGAUUCUAAAUCAACUGAUUUGGUGCUGUAGUGUCAUUUGCACAUGGUUACAGAAGGCUAUAGCUUGGGUCUCCAAAUUGCAUCCCAUUAUUAGACCAGUAUUUCAUAAAUGUCACUUUGGAAAAGGUGAUUUGUUGAUAUGCUUCAGUUUGCUGCUGUAAUACUGGUUUCACAUUUGUCUCCAGGGAUCAUAAGGUAAAAUAGGUCUCAAACAAUUGCAAUUUAUGUUUACAAUUCCCUUAUCGAAACCGCUCACCCACUUCUUUACUCUUAUCAAUAGCUCCUAUCAAUUUGUAAAAUACAGUGAAUGGAGAAUGGUGUUAUUUCUAUCAGAAAACAAAUAAAUGAGAUGUUCCACUUGGAACUGACAGGUUGCUCAACCUUAUUCAUAAUUUCAUCACGCGUAUUAUGAGUGCAUUAAGUCAAUUAAUCUGUAGACACACCUCCGCCACACCUUUAUUUAUUUUUUUAAAUCUCCACCCCAAACGAAUAGCGGGUGAAUGGCAUGCUUUUCUCAUGCUUAAGUUCAAGGUUCGUAUACACGUAGAGAGAAAAGAGCAUAAAAAAGGGAAUUAUUUUCCAUUUACACUGAACUUGGGUAGGAAUUCCCCCUUGGUGAAUAGAAUCCUAGAAUCCUAUUGACUCUUGGAACUAUGACAACCCAGUUCUAUGGUUCCAGUUUACUAUGGAACUAAUCCCGACUAUCGCAGAUAUGAUGGAUUUUCACUGAGGUCUAGCUUAAAUUUCACGUUUUAUUUCAGUCUAAAAAAAGACUUCAUGAGAAUUGAUUACAUUGUUGAUUGUAAUAUUUUGGUUUUCGACAAACAGAAAAAUAUACAUAGAGAGGGAUGAGUUUCUACACAAAAAUAUAUUGGUGUGUGUGUGUGUGUGUGUGUGUGUGUGUUAGUUAGACAAAUAUUGCGGUUCUUUUUUUGUGACCAAAUAUUCAUUUUUUUUUAUUGGAGGGGGGACUACAUACACAAUACAGAAAUUCAUAUCAUGUAAUAGUUAGCUUGCAUCACAGAACCAAAAAGUAACAAUACAUUUAGUAUGUAAAAAAAUCAAUAAUAAUAAUAAUAAUUGUGCCUCCACCCUUUCUGAACGGCUGUGUUAAUCAUUUCAAGUAACAGUGGAACUAAUUGGUUUUAAAAAAUUGUAUAGAUAUCAGUUGCAGUAUGUUAAGGGAAUUUUUAUCAAUGACUAAUUAUGUAUACAUUUUAAUCAGGACUGACUAAUCAGAAUACUAUUAUGUUACUGUAUAUGUAUGAAUUUUCUUUUUAAUCUUAGUACUGAAUAUAAUGUGUGCAAAUAUAAUCAAGAAUUAGAACAAUGACUGUCUGUACCAUGGUAGAAAUGAAUGAAUUUAUAGCCAGUCUGGCUAGAAGGAUUAUCUACACAAGCAUGGCAUUGGCUCGGUCAUAUAUUAUCUUUAAUAGGGAGAGACAUGUGAGAACCAUACAGCAAUUGUACUACAGCGGAGAUGACAUGGGCUAGUACUGAAACUAAUGACGUCAUUGUCAGUUUAUAACCUGUGGUAAAAUGUGUAAUGGGCUGUACUCUCGUGAAUAAAGGCUGCUGUUUGA